AUGACGGAAAUCAAAUCCAACGGUCUAAAUGGCCUUUACACACAGGAGCAGCAACAGAUCUUAGAUGCCAUUGACUCGCUCGCCUCGCUGGGCAUCGACCACCACAUCUCGGUUCCCAAAAUCGUUGUCUGCGGCGAUCGAUCUUCUGGAAAGAGCUCCGUCCUCGAAGCAAUCUCUGGAGUUCCUUUCCCCGUCGGCAUCAUUCCCUCUCCUCGUUUCCCCACGGAAGUUGUCCUCCGCAAGACCACCACUUCUGGUGCGAAGGUCUAUUUUACCCCACAUGACUCCAAAGACGAGUUCGCUCAUUUGAGUCUCUCUGAAUUCCUCAAGGAACCAGAAUGCUUGGAGAAUCUUCCACUGGUGAUUGAGGAAGCGCGGACUUUGAUGGGCUUAUUGAUCCCAGAGAAAGAAAUUUCGAUGUACGUUCUUCGCAUCGAGAUUAGCGGACCCAACUGUCCCCUCCUUACCAUGGUGGACCUGCCUGGUCUCACUCGGUCCGACGACAGAACCCAGCCUGCUUCAGACGCUUAUUUAACCUGCGCUCAGCGCUACAUGAGCGAUCCUGAUAACAUAAUCCUAGCCGUUGUCUCCGCGAAGCAUGAUUUUGCUAGUCAAGCGGUCUUAAAUUUGGCCCGGAAGUCUGACCCAAGGGGCCACCGCACUAUUGGGGUCAUUACAAAACCAGACAAACUUCACCCAGGUUCUACCCGUGAGAAUGAAUACAUUUCCUUGGCUAGAAACAAGGAGAUAUACUUCAAGCUAGGCUGGUAUGUUCUAAGGAAUGCUGAUUCCAAGGUCAAGUUGAGGGGGCUACCACGACGCGAUGAAGAAGAGGCCCGAUUCCUUUCCAAAGGGGCUUGGUGUAACCUUUCUCAGUCUGCAUUGGGAGUAGAGACGUUGCGCAACAGGCUGAGAAACGUACUCUUUCGUCCUAUCACGGCCGAACUACCGGGUUUGAUAGAAGAGAUCCAGUCUGAGUCUGAGCUUUGUCAAGACCUGUUGAACAAGUGUGUUCAACCUCGCAACUCCGUUGACAACCAACGGAUGCAUCUGUUACAGGUCAGCCGGUCAUUUCAGGCUUUGACCAAAGCCGCCAUUGACGGUACAUACAAUGAUCGCUUCUUCGAAAAUGUCAUCAAUCCGGAAGGCGAUCAGAGACGAUUCCUUGCUGUUGUCCAAAAUCUCAAUGAUAAGUUUGCAGCAGAGCUAAUUAGUCACGGUCAGCGUUAUUGGGUUGUUCUGAACACCGAGCUCCUCAACCUAGGAUCACACCCUAUCUUCAUCACUCGAGACCAGUUCAUUAGCAAGAUUAGCAGAAAGAUGGAGGGUAGGGGAGGUCUGGAUCCGCCAGAAUUGUUCGAUUCCGAGAGUCUCUUCGAAUUCAUGAAGGAGAAAAUGACCCCAUGGGAAGAUAUCACAAGAAAGCACGUCAAAAAGGUUUGGACGGCUGCUCGAAGAUUUCUCGGAGACUUGACUAAACAUGCUGAUCCAUCAAUGUUCUAUGUGAUGUUGGACACCGUGGUGGAGCCUAAGAUGGAAGCUCUGCUCGUAUCUCUCGAGGCAAGGAUGGCAGGGCUUCUCAAGGAGCACCAAGAAUACCGUGCAAUCACAAAUAACCUUCUCCUAGAUGAUACACCUCAGAAAGUCCAAUUUGAGAGGGACAUGUCAGAAAUGACCUACAAAAUGGAAAGAUUUCUUCACCGGAUCCUUCAGUCUGGACUAAGAGGAUCUGAACUUGUGGCUAUGAGAAGGUUAAAGAAUGCCGUUUUGAAACAGAGUAGACCAGACAUAUGGCGCAAUAUUGCAUCGUCAGCGCUUAACUACUUUGACGUAUGCUUUGAGGUUGCUCAGAAACACUUCAUCGACGAUGUUGCGGUCGAGGUUAUCGACAAGAUCCUAGUAUCUGGGCUUGGUGACAUUCUUACGCCCGAUACUGUUGCUAUAAUGCCAGAUAGCAAAGUCACCCAAAUUGCUGGCGAGACAAAUGAGAGUCGCACAUUUCGUGAGAGUUUACAGAAGGAUCUUGAAACUCUGGACUCGGGGUUGAAGACAUGCAAAAAACAUUUGGGAUUGCAGUUCUCAGGUAAGAUCGUGUCAAUGGAAUUACGAGAUAUUGACUGA